CAGUGACUGCCAGUAUUUUUGUAGUGCUCAAAUUUUGUGUCUGUAUUCUACGCAUAAAUUGGAUAUGUCACAAAAUGCACCUGAAGCCCUUGAACCAGUGGAGUAUCAUAGGAAAAUAUGGUACUUGAUAUUAGAAUACAUGGAAAACUCAACAAUACAUGGUCUCAAAUACAUUUUUCCGAGUGUUCAAGAGCAAAGAGAGAAGGACAGAGAGAGAAGGAAAUCACUGCAGCAGAAAGACUGCAUUCUAAAUGACUGUUUCAGCUUUAAAAGAUUAUUCUGGGUGAUCAUCUUCCUCUUGAGUGCAACGCUGUGCAUCAUGCUGAUCAACAAAGUAUGGACCAAAUACCAGAACAGCCCCGUUAUAGUGAGUUUCAGUGAGAAAUACGUGCCCGUCGAAAAGGUACCGUUUCCAUCAAUAACACUAUGCCCGAAUGUGAAAAUAAAUCCGAAGUACAAUUUUACUGAAGAGUACAUAAAAUAUUUCCAAAACGCAACAUUUCGGAACGAUUACAAAAACCAUAAUGAGACCAUAAAAAGAGCCAUGGAAGCAGUUCAAGAUAUCUCAUUGAUCUGUCCUACGCGUACCAUACAGGGUAUUUUUAACACUUUAAACUACACCAUAGGCCGUGACUUCACUGAUGGUACAAUUAUAGAAAAUAUGGAAAAGGUUCAUACUGAUAUGCACGAAAAGUUGCGUUGGCUCGACAAACUGUCAUUGCGCCUCAACUAUGCGACAAUUUUAACAGAGGAAGGCCAUUGUAUCAAUAAAAAUGUAUUGGCUGCUACAGAAAUAUUCCGUGAAGAGAACCUCCGACCUAAUUAUCCACUGAGCAAUGCUGCUCAACGUAGUAAAGGUUGGGAUCUUGUUAAAGGCUACACGAAUGGAUCUGCAAACGUAUAUCCACUAAGGACGACAGGAGAAGCUUCCCGUAUAGUAUUGUUUCUUAAAUUGCCAAAAACAGACAAAUAUGACUUUUGCAAUGCUGGCCUUACUGGUUUUAAUAUUUACUUGCAACAUCCAGCUGAUCAUCCACAAGCGUUGCGCCAUUUCUACGUUGCAUCACCAGGAAAGACCACAUCUUUAGCACUUAAAUUUCAAUCUAUAAGCGCUUCUUCAGAUUUGCAUAAAUUCGGCGUAGACGUGCGAAAAUGUUAUUUACCUGGAGAACGGUAUCUUAAGUAUUUUAAAAUAUACACACCCAAUAACUGUAGACUAGAAUGUCUGUCCAAUUACACAUAUGAAACGUGUGGUUGUGUGUCAUUCUACAUGCCACAUGGUGAAAAUCAGUCAAUUUGUACUACAGAAAAAAAAGAAUGCACUAUUAAAGCUCGAGCUAUAUAUCGGGCAGAAAUAUUUGAAGCGUAUUCAAACGACCUACCAGACAAAUGUUCGUGUUUGCUAACGUGCGAAGAAAUUCUAUAUGAUGCUGAAGUUUAUGAAUCUCCUUUCGACAUUGAAAAACUUGCAUCGCACUUAAGAGCAACGGGUUUUCAAAACAAAAUGGAUUUAGAAGAAUACGAUUACUUCCGAUUGGAUAUAUAUUUUAAGGAGUCCAGUUUUUUAUCAAUACAACGUUCAGAGUUAUAUACUAUAUCAGAAUUAUUUGGCAACAUCGGUGGGCUACUUGGACUCUGUCUUGGAGUAUCCUUCUUCAGUAUUCUCGAGAUUUUGCAUUAUGUUAUCAUUGGAUUUAAAGUAACAAAAGAUGAAGUGGAAGUAACAAUAGACGAAAAGUACAAAAGUCAUGACAUCGAAAUAAAAUAAUCAGCCAAUGAAAAAAUUUAUAAGAUAUCACAAUUAUAUUUUAUUUACGAACUAAGUCUCGAAAACAAGAUAAUAUAAUUAGUAAUAAAGUUUUCAGUGUAUGUAUAUUCUCUACAAUUCAAGCUACAGCAUUUUUGCAUUGGUGUUUCUCAAGGCACAGUAUUGAACCCCAAGCUCUCAAUAUAUUAAAAAUAAAGUUGAAAAGUGGUAAUUUUAAAUGAAAUUUAAAUAUAAUUUCAAAAUAUUUAACCGUAUUUGUGAUUACUA